AGUUGAUGUUAAAAAUAAAUAAAUAAAUAAAUUCUUCCUACCUGACCUGAUAUCUCUGUUUCCUUUUAUACUCUGAUCCUUUGCCUUUACAGAAAACAGACAAAGAUGGAAUGUGCAAAUCCCACCACCAUAUCUUAACCUUCCACUUGAUUUCCUUUUCACACACCUUUGAUUUUCUCUCCUUUUUAUUUAAUUUUUUUUUCUCAGUUUCCAGGAAAGUGGUGUUUGUUGAUCGUUGAAGCAAAUAAAACAUGGCUACUCUAAACGAUAUCGGGGUUGCAGCAGCUAUCAAUAUUCUCACAGCAUUCGCUUUCUUUUUAGCAUUUGCAAUGCUUCGGAUUCAACCAGUGAAUGACAGGGUUUACUUCCCCAAAUGGUAUAUCAAAGGCUUAAGAAGCAGUCCUUUGGUGAAUGGAAGUGCGUUUGCAAGCAAGUUCGUGAACUUGGACCUGAGGUCAUACACCAGGUUUCUGAACUGGAUGCCUGCCGCACUCCAAAUGCCGGAGCCUGAGCUGAUCGACCAUGCCGGAUUGGAUUCAGCUGUUUACUUGAGGAUUUACUUGUUGGGGCUUAAAAUAUUUGGUCCCAUAGCAUUGAUAGCAUUUACGGUGACGAUUCCAGUUAAUUGGAGCAAUAAUACAUUGGAGCAUUCGGGUUUAACAUACAGCGAUAUAGAUAAGAUCUCUAUAUCAAAUAUUCCGAUUGGAUCGCAUAAGUUUUGGACGCAUUUAGUACUGGCAUAUUGCUUUACGUUUUGGACAUGCUACGUUUUGAAAAGAGAGUAUGAGAUAGUGGCAGCUAUGAGAUUGCAUUUCCUUGCGUCGGACCAACGACGCCCUGACCAAUUUACAGUACUGGUCAGAAACGUCCCACCUGAUCCCGAUGAAUCAGUUACUGAUCUUGUCCAACAUUUCUUCCUUGUCAACCAUCCACAUCACUAUCUCAGUCACCAGCUUGUUUACAACGCUAACAAGCUCUCAGAAUUGGUCAAUGAGAAGAAGAAAAUUCAGAAUUGGCUAGACUUCUAUCAAAAUAAAUACAAAAGGAAUCCCUUAAAGAGACCUUCAUUGAAGACUGGUUUCCUUGGCCUUUGGGGAAACAGAGUAGAUGCAAUCGAUUUUUAUACAUCCAUUGUUGAGAGAUUAUCUAGAGAUAUAUGUGGUGAGAGAGAGAAGGUUAGUAGCAACACAAAAUCAAUCAUGCCAGCAGCAUUCGUUUCCUUCAAAACUCGAUGGGGAGCUGCUGUGUGUGCACAAACCCAACAAUCUAGGAACCCAACUACGUGGCUGACCGAGUGGGCUCCUGAACCACGAGAUGUUUACUGGGAAAACCUAGCCAUUCCAUUUGUUUUUCUCACAAUUCGAAGGCUUAUUGCUGCCAUUGCAUUUUUCUUUCUUACAUUCUUUUUCAUGAUCCCUAUAGCUAUUGUACAAUCGCUUGCUAACAUUGAGAGCAUUGAGAAAGCGCUUCCCUUCCUCAAACCCAUAAUUGAAGUGAAAUUCAUAAAGUCAUUCAUCCAAGGUUUUCUUCCUGGGAUUGCUCUGAAGAUAUUUCUUUUGUUGCUGCCUACUAUAUUGAUGAUGAUGUCAAAGUUCGAAGGAUUUAUUAGCCUAUCUGCUCUGGAAAGGAGAUCUGCAAGUAGAUAUUAUUUCUUCCAAUUUAUUAAUGUUUUUCUUGGGAGCAUAAUAACCGGAACUGCGUUUCAGCAACUUAAUCAUUUUAUCCACCAAUCUACUAGUCAGAUACCAAAGACAAUUGGGGUCUCAAUUCCAAUGAAGGCAACAUUCUUCAUUACUUAUAUAAUGGUUGAUGGUUGGGCCGGAGUUGCUGGGGAGAUACUGAGGUUGAAGCCCCUGAUAAUCUACCACUUAAAGAAUUCCUUCUUGGUUAAGACCGAAAAGGACCGGGAAGAAGCAAUGGAUCCCGGGACCGUUGGCUUUAAUACCGGCGAACCUCAAAUACAACUUUACUUCCUACUCGGUCUUGUUUAUGCUGUGGUGACUCCGAUACUGCUUCCCUUCAUAACAGUAUUCUUUGCCUUGGCUUAUGUCGUAUACCGUCAUCAGAUCAUAAAUGUUUACCAUCAGGAAUAUGAAAGUGCUGCAGCAUUCUGGCCUGAUGUUCAUGUCCGUGUCGUUGCUGCCUUAAUCGUCUCACAGCUGCUACUAAUGGGAUUAUUGAGCACUAAUGAAGCUUCUCAGUCGACUCCAUUGCUUAUCACCCUUCCCGUAUUGACCAUAUGCUUCCACAGAUUCUGCAAAGGGCGUUAUGAACCAGCUUUCGUUAGAUAUCCUUUACAGGAAGCAAUGAUGAAAGAUACAUUGGAGCGAGCAAAGGAAGCAAACUUGAACUUGAAAGGGUUCCUUCAAAAUGCGUAUAUCCACCCGGUUUUCAAAUCUGCGGAUGGCAGUGAUAGUGAGAGUGAGAGUGAGUGGGAGCGUUCCCCAGCACUGGUUGCAACAAAACGCACGUCGAAAAGGUUUACUCCAAUGCCUAGUAAAGACGGUGGAUCAUUGCUCUCCCUAGACCAAGUUAACGAUGAAUGUCUAAAACCUUAAGACUUAGGCUGCCUUUGGAUGAGCUUUUUUCACCAGUGAAGUACAAUUGGGUACUCAACCUCACUAGUCUGCUGCUUGAUUCACCAGUCUAGUGUAGUGAAAAAGAAAUUCAAUCUCACUGCAAUCUCACUGCAAUAGUGAAACGGGACUAAAGCAAAGAGCAGCAGUUAAAGGCAACUGAGAAAAUACCCAUACUUCUAUUUAUAUCAUUUUACCAUUUUAUCCUUUAAAUUUUGGCCUAAGUUAUUCCCCAAUCUUAUUUGUUUUCAGAUUUGGGAAGAAAAUAACCAAAUUCAUUGACAGAUAACUACGAAAGCUCUUCAACUAUAAUGUUACUAUUUACGAAAAUAA